AUGUACUGGUUCAAGUUCAUGGUGCUCCAUUUGCAGCCGGCAACGGUGUCAAGGUCCAAGUCCAAGAACGGGUGCACAAUGCCGGUACAGUUCUUUCAAGGGUUGACAGCUGCCGAGCUCCGCUACAUCAAGAUCUUGAAUCUAGACGGAUACGUCAAAGGUGUGGACUUGUCCGCUCUUUCGUCACUAAACACUGUAACCAUUCUGGGGCUGCUUCGCGAGGUCUGCCAGACCUUGAAAGUUCAAAGGUUCCCGUCCAGCUUGCGGAAAGUGGUCAUACUGCUUCAAUUCAGAAGGAUCCGUAAGAAAUCUGGUACUGAGCUCCGGUUACCAAUGGAAAACAAACUGCUCCAAAUAGAAACCUUGGUUAUCGUUUCCAAUAAAAUUCUAAUGUCUUCUAAGGUAUACCCACUAUUCGGGAAGCGAGAAAGAUCUAUGAAAGACAAUAUUAAGAUCGGAGACGUAUUGGCCGAAAUAUACUGCUACUUCCAGCCCACGAUAUUAGAAUUGAAGUUGAUCGAAGCGUCCUUACUUUUCAAGAACUUCAGAACUAAAGCGUACAGCACCAGCCUACCAAUUCUACUAGUUGCAGAGAGCUUGCCCAAGUUAGAAAUUUCUGCCUGGGAUGCGAACACUUACAAGACGGUAUUUGUAUUCAACAACCCUAUGGGCGGCGGGUUGUACUUGAUUGUUCGAAAUAAAGGAUUGUGGGUGUAUACAGAGCGUGAAAAGAGAAACGAGUGGAUCGAAAGAAUAAAGAAAAGGUUUGAAGCACUCCACGAUAAGAAGUCGUAG